GCAGCCCUCACUAAUCUCUUUGGGGACCAGAGGGCGACAUCGCAAUGCCACUCUUACUGGAAUUCCCUUCACCUCUUCCUUCAUGAUCCUACCGCAGCACCGUCUCUGAGGGGAGAAAAGAAGACACUUGCUGAUGAAUUUUGACAGGGCAGCCCGUCAGCCCGACACUCUGAAGAGAGCGAAGUGGAGUCUGAAAUGAAAAGGAAAGCCCCCGGCGGAGAUGACGACAAAGAACCAAAGCCCCACGGUACCAGGAAAGGCAGAUCCUGAGCUAAGGUGUGCCCCCUUCACUCACCAAACUAAACGUCCCUUCCCCGAUCUCCCGCCGCCCUAUCUCAGCCGGAGCUUUAACCGCCAAGUUUCAAAUCGGUCCCUGAGACGCCAGCCAAUCGAAGCACAGACAACUUGCGAGCACAGCACACACGUCUGCGCGCGCAGGAAGACGCGUUGGGAAGGGGCGGGCCUGCGCGCCGCACCCUGAUCCCGCCCUUUGCGACCCAUCUGAGCAUCCGCUUCCGGCUUCCAGAGUGAAUUGGCGGUGAGCGGAGGCUGAAGUCCCGGAGGCCUGCGGGGCUUUGCUGGAGAUGGACAGCCGGAUUCCUUAUGAUGACUACCCGGUGGUUUUCCUGCCUGCUUAUGAGAAUCCCCCGGCAUGGAUUCCUCCUCAUGAGAGGGUAUACCACCCAGACUACAACAAUGAGUUGACCCAGUUUCUUCCCCGAAUCGUCACACUGAAGAAGCCCCCUGGAGCUCAGUUGGGAUUUAAUAUCCGAGGAGGAAAGGCCUCCCAGCUAGGCAUCUUUAUCUCCAAGGUAAUUCCUGACUCUGAUGCACAUCGAGCAGGACUUCAGGAAGGGGACCAAGUCCUAGCUGUGAAUGAUGUGGAUUUCCAAGAUAUUGAGCACAGCAAGGCUGUUGAGAUCCUGAAGACAGCCCGCGAAAUCAGCAUGCGUGUCCGCUUCUUUCCUUACAAUUAUCAUCGCCAAAAAGAGAGGACUGUGCACUAGCGAGUUGCAGCCCAUAGCCCUCCACAUUGAAUCUUCUAGGAUAAGCUGACUAGGCCUCAGGGAAGCCUCUUGGGAAACUGUAGUCUUGGCCCCACCCUGGCAGAGCAGAGUGGGGAGGAUGGGGACACAAUGACGCCCUGCCCCAAACCAGCUAGCCAUCUGCAUUACCCAAACUGUAUUGCAGUUUUUGUUACCUAGUGUUCCAGAUAAGCUUCAUUCCCUGAAAGAAGGAUGAUGAUACCUAGGUAUAGCCUGUGGAGAAUCCCGCUAGAAAAGGCAACUGACAUUUAUUGAAUACCAUGUGCGAGACAAUUAUGCAUAAGUCAUAUCGUUUUCAUUAGCAUAUAGAAACCAAAAGAAAAAAGAAUCUCGGGGGCCUUCCACCCCAUCUACCUGGCCAUCUCAUCCCAUCCUUGCACUACCAGUCUCAUACACUGUGGAGACUCCCUGGGACUGUUCCCCCUGCCCCAUCCUCUGCCAAAAAAAGUAAAAGGCAAUGCUGAGGAAAUGCUGGUUUGACUUUUGGAUGAUACUGACUGGGUUUGCAAUGCUAUUGAGUCCAAAACAAAAGUUCUUCCAAAGAGAGGAAAACCAAUGCAAGUAACAGCAACACUCUACCUACUUCACAACCAUCUCUAUCUGGCCAGUCCAUUAGGGAGGCCCGGAAACCUUACCUUCAGUGUAACUGAGGAAUGGUAUAGGGUUAGGGGUACUGGAGGAAGCAGCGCCCCUUCCCUCAUGAGCUUUGGACGUUUCUCUGCUGAGGAUGGUAUUAAUGUCAUUAUCUUCUCCUUCCCCAGAUUCUUGGAUCUGGUACACAAAUGAAGGGGGAGGUUUGGAUGCAUUGCUUUCAGGGACAGCAGUAAGAAAUUGGUUCCCAAUUUCCACCUUGUAGGUUGAAUGGUACUGUUGACCUCCUUGUCUUCUUUACUCCAGCCCCCAAAUAACCUGCCAUGUUCUUUGUUGCCAGUCCGUUGUUAGAGAUUCCAGGCCACACCUUAUGCCGUUUCCGUUGGCAUGUUUAAAAUACCCAUUCAGAACAAAGUUUUCUAAUGAGAUAUGGGGUGAAGUACCCCAUAAUGAAAGUCCCAAAUUUGCCUUGAAAGAAGCCUGGGAAGCUUAAUUAUGUAUUUCCAGGCCCUUCCCUUGGGAGUGAUUUUGUUGAUCUGAGGUGGAACUUGGAAAUCUGAAUUUUUAAAUCUUCAAAUAUGGAAACAGUCCUAAAUAGUAUAUCUCUAUGAGGAGUUUCUGGCUUGUUCUAUAAAUCCCAUCUCAGCUUUACUAUGCGCUAUUGUCAAGUAGCAACAUUCUAAUGAGUAGAACUGAAGGUAGAAUUAUUAGCUGUCUGCUUCCUCCGAAAUCCCACUCCUAGUCUAUGCUCCUAUUUGCUGUGCUGCCCCCCAGUGGCCAUCUGAAAAACUGGAGGCUCAGAUACUUGCACAAAGGCGUAUUGGCUGAGUGAGUCUACUGAAUGUUGAGGUCCAAGACUCUCCCUGACUCUCUCUGUGGUGAAUGGGUUUUUUUUUUUUUACCGUUUAUUUAUUUUUGAGAGAAAGAGACAGAGCAUG